GGGGGGUGGCAGAUUUAUGAUCUUAUCUGGCGGGGUCCUUUAUUAAAUAUUCUGAUAUAGGUGAUGCUAACACUUGGUUAUUACAAACAAUGAAUCAAUUUAAGCAAUAUGGAUUACGUCGUCUUGAACAAGUUCAAGCUAUACCAUUUUUAUUAAUUGACGAAGCUUAUUUGUGGUACGUAGAACAUAUUGAUUUAAUCACCAGUUUUGAAUUAUUUAGUAAAUUAUUUGUUCAACAAUACUCAUCUACAUCAUCAACAAAACAAAAUAAUACAUCUGUAGAGACGGUUGCUCCGUCAAUUACUGCUCCAAGUUUUUUAUCUAUAUCACAUCUACAGCAAACGAUCGCUGAUGAGAUUAUUAAAAAACCAACAUAUUUUUGCGGUUCAAAAGAUGAUAUUCAUGAUUGGUUAGACAAAUUAGAACAACCAUCCAUAUCGAUUAAAACAUGGUCAUCAUUUACUGAAGCUGUUAUAAAAGUUUUUGGAUCAACAAAAGUACAAGAAUUAGCAUUCGAACAAUUAAAAUGGUACAAACAAACAGUUAAUCAACCUGUUACGCAAUAUUAUGAUAAAAUUAUAGAACUGUGCAAGAAAGUUGAUGCAGCUAUUUCUGAUUCAUUGAAAUUAAAAUAUUUAAUGGCUGGUAUAAGAGAAUCAUUAAAAUUACAUGUUGCUUUACAGCAUCCAAAGACAACUGAUGCAUUUUUAUCGCUCGCCACAAAAAUUGAUGAUACAUUAUUAUUUACUACUACAGAUAAUGAAAUUAACAUCAAUACUAUCACUACUCAAAAAUCAUUAGAACAAACAACUAUUUCACAAAAAUCAUAA